AUGGCGAUGAUACGAAGCAGAAGGGCGACGACACUUCUCUUCUCCGUUUUCGGAAACUCUCGUGUCUGUAACUCCGGUGUGAUUCGUCACGGAACCGAUCGGAUCGAUAGAACCGGCGCAUUGCUCAGCCGUUGGAUCUCCUCUGCUUCGUCAUCUUCCGCCGUUGUGGCGGAUGAUGAAUCUGGAGGGAUUUACGGAUUGGGAAGUGUAUUGAAAGAGUACGAAGAUUAUCGGAGAUCUCUCUAUGGUGAAUACACUCACAAGGCUUUGCUUGUUGAUGCCGUUGGUACUCUCCUUGUUCCUGCUCAACCUACGGCUCAGAUAUACAAGAGUAUUGGAGAGAAGUAUGGAGUUGUGUACUCGGAGGCUGAGAUUCUUACUAGAUACAGAAGAGCUUAUCAGAAACCAUGGGGUGGUUCUCAUCUUAGAUAUGUAAACGAUGCGAGACCUUUCUGGCAAUAUAUAGUGACUGCAUCAACUGGAUGUUCGGAUUCUCAGUACUUUGAAGAACUUUACGACUAUUUUACUACAGAACAGGCGUGGAAGCUAUGUGAUCCAGAGGCAGAGAAAGUGUUCAAAGCGAUUAAAGAAGCGGGUGUAAAAGUUGCCAUUGUGUCCAACUUCGACACUCGAUUAAGACCUCUCCUACGAGCACUGAGAUGUGAAGACUGGUUUGAUGCUGUGGCUGUUUCAGCAGAAGUUGAAGCAGAGAAACCAAACCCGAUCAUCUUCUUGAAAGCAUGUGAAUUGAUAGGAGUGAAUCCCGAGGAUGCGGUUCAUGUAGGAGAUGACCGUAGGAACGAUGUAUGGGGCGCUAGAGACGCAGGCUGUGACGCUUGGCUCUGGGGAAGUGAAGUUACUUCUUUUAAACAGGUUGCUCAAAGGAUAGGAGUGAAGGUCUGA